CCGUCGGCACUAGCUACUACACUUUACAGAGUUGAAAUUUUUAGAAAAUUUCCAAUGAAAAGGAUUCAAAUUCAGUUUUUUGACGACUUCGAAGAAACAAUCUCAACUAAUAGUCAAGCCAGUAGGUUUAGUUUAACGGUGACGGGUUUGAUUAAUAUGUUAAAGAUCUUAUGUUCGAUCCUCUUCUCUGUUAUAAACAAAAAAAAUAUCUCAACUAAUAGACGGAAUUUAACCGGAACCCUAACAUCACUGCCGUCACUUCCCACUCUUCCUUUCGAUCUCAUUCCAGAAAUACUAAGUAGGUUACCGGUGAAACAACUCCUUCAACUGCGAUGCGUCUGCAAAUUGUGGAAAUCUCUAAUCUCCGAUCCCAAAUUCGCCAAAAAGCAUCUUGCUCUUUCAACCACAUUCAACCUGCAUGGCUUAGACAACCACUGCUUUCCAAAACGCGUCCUCAAGUCUUACUCACUCAACUCCUCUGUCUCGAUCGCACAGAUAGAUCUUCCUUCGAAAGGUUAUGUUCUCUUCCUUGGUUCUUGCAAUGGCAUCCUUUGUCUCGCAGAAGAAGGUGGUGGUGACUUAUUUCUGGUUCGAUUGUGGAACCCUUCCAUUAGAAAAUUUAAAGAAUUGCCACCUGUUAGAAAACCGAUUGUGGAACGCUACCAUUUGGGGAUGUCUGGGUUCGGACAUGAUCCAAUUAGUGAUAUUUACAAGGUUGUGGUUGUGUUACUUGCAUUUGAUAAUAUUCAUAACACUGGUAAUUAUUUUAGCGAGAAUGAAGUGAAGGUUCAUACUUUGGGUACCGAUUCAUGGAAAAGUGUUUCCAUGUUUCCUUUUGCUGGUGUCUUUGUUCAGAAAUUGGGGCAAUAUGCGAGUGGCAAAAUUAAUUGGUUGGUUUAUACAAAUAUCAUGCAAGGUCAAUGUUUUAUUGCUUCUCUUGAUUUGGGGAAUGAGUCUUAUCAAAAGGUUUUGCUACCUGAUGAUUCUGGUGAGGUAGAUCAAUAUGCAUUACAAUUGAGUGUUUUCAGGGACUGCUUGUGUUUGAUUUCUCGUGAAGAUGUUUGGGUUAUGAAGGAAUAUGGAAAUAAAGAGUCUUGGACUAAAUUGUUCACUAUUUCUUACAAUCAUUGUACAUCAUCUUAUUACAAUAUUCACCCAAAGUAUAUUUUUGAGGAUGACAGAGUGUUGCUUAGGUGUCGGAGGUGGCAAGAGAAUAAUAUUGAUGUCAGAUGGAAUUAUAUUUCUUACAAUUGUAAUUAUAAAAAUGACACUUCAAAGUUUAUCGAGUUUGAAUACAUCCUAGAAGUUUGCAUUGAGAGUUUGAUAUCACCUUGUUUCUAAUGCUAGGAUGUAAAUGUGGUGCUAUGUCACUUUAGCAUGAGAUUUAAUGAAAA